UGUCAAACCACGUAUGUUGUUUUUUAUUUUAUUGCUCUCACUAAAGAAAAAAAUAUAAUUAAAUUAGUUGUUUAUAUGGCUUAAAAUUAUGUUUGCAAAUCUGAAGAAUAAACUUUUGGAAGAAGUGAAGGCUUCUCCAUCCAAAUUUCAACAAUUUGCACAAGCCGCACAGGCAGCAGUUUCAUCAUCAUCUAAUAAUGUCGCAGAAACUGUAAAUGCAAGCGACGGAAAUUUUUUUAGUAUAACUGAAGAAGAUACACCACAAAAUUCUCCACAAAAGGCUAUUAAAGAAGCACAAACUAUUGGGAUUUCUUCCCAAAAUGCAUCAUCUUUACAGUCCACACAAAAUUCUUUACCUCCUUUAAACAAUGGGUCAAAUAAAAUGCAGCGUACAAGAAAAUUAUCGAACUCAUCCAUGGCCAGCGAUAUCUCUUUUCGUACAGUACCGAAUUAUGAAACCACAACGAUUUACCAUUUGCAAUCUGACUUAGAUGUCUCCGGAAGUGAGCAUGAAGACUCUGCAUCCACAACACAUUUAGAUAUAAUUAGCAAAGAACAACUUCACGAUGCCUACAGACGGGCUUUAGAUCGGUAUCAAAAAUACAGAACAAGGUAUACAGAUUUGGCAAAACGUUACAGAGAACUUGAACGUGAUUGCACAAAAGCGCGGGCGGUUUUAGUAGAAACUCAAGACAAAGCGAUACGUAAGAUUAGUGAACUUCGUGAACAGUGCAGCUUGGAACAACAAGCUAAGGCCCAUCUCGAAGAAGCAUUAAGAAUGGAAAUGGAUGAUAUGCAAUGUAAAAUCAAAAGUUAUGAAACAAAAUUAGAGCAUCAAAAUCAAAAUUUUCCAAAAAUGGGAGAGGAAUCUUUGGUAAAGUUAGAUGAUCAGGCAAAUUUAAUUGUUUUAGAAACUGAAAAUAAUCAAGCCACCGAUACCGCCCCAUCAUUGAAUUAUGAAAUAAUUUUGAAAGAAAAAUCCGAACAGAUUUCGCAGUUAGAAUCGCAUUUAGAAAUAGCGCAAAAGCAAAUUGAGGAUUUAAAAAAGCAAGAAGAAGAGAAUACAAUACAAUUAGCGAAAAAAAAAUUAGACAUUUAUUCGGAAUUAGAAAGCAAAGAAAAAGAAAUUAAUGAUUUAAAAAACUAUCGAAGGAAAUAUAAUGAACUCGAAUUGAAAUGCCAACAAUUGCAAAAAGACAAUACAAUUUUGAAUAAACAAAUGACAGAAUUAAGCGAGUUAAAGGAAAAGAUGCAACAAAUUGCUUCACAAAAACAGGAGUUGGAAGCCAAAGCAAUUUCGCACGAUCAUAUAAUAAAAGAACUUAAAAAAACUAUUAAAGAUAAAGAUGACAACAUAGACAAUUUAAAAAAAGCGUCUGAUGAAAAACUUCAAUCAGUUUUAGAAGAAUACGAGGAAAAAAUUCAGAAAUUUCAAUCCCAAAUUGAUAGUCUUUCUUCCAAUAAACCUAAUAACAAAACUGAAUCUGAUCCAACCAAUAUUGAUAGCGAAAUAUGUAAAAUCCAAACUGAAAAUAACUUACUGAAAACUAAGUUACAAGAAUUGGAAUUAGAAAAGCAACAUAUUAUCAUUGAAAAAGAAGCUUGCGAAAACAGGGUUAAGGAAUUGUCGACAAAAAUACAAACAAUUAGCAAAGAAAAUAAAGAAAUUGAAUCGAGGGAAAUAAACAAUUUAAGACAUACUCUAGAAAAUCUUACAUCUGAAAAGCUGGAAUAUCAAGAGAAGGCCGAAAAAGAAAAAACUGAUUUGAACAUAAAAAUUGGAAACAUCCUUUCUGAUAUAAAUAAUAUGCAAAUAGAAAUUGAAGAAGUGCGUUGUUCACAUUCUCAGCUUGAAAAAGAAAAAUUAAUUUUAGAAAAAAAAAUUGAAAAUAUGCAUAAGGAAAACUCAGAAGCUUUGGAAGGUAGUCAGCGUUGGCAAUCAAUGGUUAAUAAAGCAGAAAAUAAAUUAAAAGAAGUUGAAGAAAAAUUACAAAAGGUGGAAUGUGAAAAUUGUCUGUUAGCUGAAAAAAAUCGCUCAUUGGAAGAGAAUUCGAACAGAUUGGAAAAACUAAUAAGUGAAAGUGAUGCCAAUUCACAAAAACAAGUAUCAUUCGAAAGUGAAUGUAAAAAGGAUAAAGAUAAUAUUAAAAAGUUGGAAGAGGAUCUUGAACAAAAAUUGCGUGAAAAUGCCAACCUUCAAAUUGAACGAGAAAAUUUAGAAAGAUCUUUACGCACAAAAACAGAGUUUUGCAAAGAGUUAAUUUCGGAGAGAAAUAGCUUUGCCGAUUCAAACAAAAUUAUGGAAAUUGAGUUGAAUUCAUUGAAAGAGGAAAGCAACAAGCUAUUAAGUCAGAUUAAUGAAAUAAAUAACAGCCUUAGAAAGGAAAAUUCGAUUGUUAACGAAACUUUAAGAGACAUUAAAAAACAAAACAAAUCAUUAACAAUUGAAAACGAAAAAUUAGAUUCAUCAAAUAAAAGAAUAUUUGAAGAGUUAACUUUGAUUAAAUCUCUCAUUUCAAAUGAAGAUGACAAUGAUAUUGCAAGUACUAUUAGAAAUUUUAAGAAAAACUAUGAACAAAUAGAAAGUGAUCUGAAAUUAUUAAAUGAAAGUUACAGCUUACUAAAGGAGCAACAUUCCGAAAACAUUAUUAAGUAUGAGAAUACCAUUAAGGACAAUACACACCGUUUCGAAAAGGAGAUUAAAGGGUUUAAUCAAAAAAUAUCAGUUAUUUCUGAUGAAAAUGAAGCACUUAAACAACAAAAUCGAUUACUUCAAAAAGAACUUGAUGCACUGAAUAAACAGAAGCCUGCGCGAUUAGCUGAGUUAGAAAAGCUUUUAAAAGAAACUAAAGAUCAUAACCAGACAUUGCAACAAUCUGUCCAAAAUGCUACAGAUCUUGAAAAGAAACUGCAAAACUAUGAACAGUUAAAAAUUGAAAACGAAUACUUGAACACUUUAACUAACCAACUGGAAACAGAUUUACAGAAACUAAAAUCGGAGAAUUCAAAAUUGGAUGAGGAAAUAAAUCAAUUGAAAUCUAAUUUACGAACGCUUAACAGUGAGUUGAGCGUUGUAAAUAUAUCGAAUGACAAUUUGAAUAAAGAAAUAAUUAACCUUACCAGUAAAAUCAAAAAUGAGAAAGAAAAUAGUGAGAAAAAUUUAAUUGAAAAUGAGGCAACACAAAAGGAGCUUUUAAUGUAUGAGGACAAAUUAGCUAAAUUAACCGUAAUUUAUGAAGAAAAUCUUGAGUCUUAUAAAAAUAUUGUCUCGGAAAAUUCACAAUUAAAAUCAAAAUUAGAAUCAUUGCAAACAUCAAGUGAAAAACAAAUUAAUGAACUAAAAGAAGAAGUAUUACAAAGCAAAAAUUCCAUUCAAGAACUAAUAAUUAAUCUACAGGAGUCCAAAAAAAUUAUAGAACAAUUUCAAAAUGUUCACGUUGAAAAUGAAAAAUUAAAAGAUCGUAUUAAAGAAAUGGAAAUUGACGUCAUAAAAAAAGUUUCAAAUGUAAAACUUGAACAACAAAAGCUACUAGCGGAAACAUCGCAAAAAGAAAAAAUUGAAAUGGAAAACCUACGAACAACAAAUCUUACACUUCAAUCUGAACUUGAAAGUUUAAGAUCCAGUUCUGCCUUAGAAGUAGCUAAUCUCAAUCGAGAAAUUGAAAAUUUAUCCCAAAAUUCAAAAGAAAUGCACAUUAAGUUAUCCGAAUUUGAAAGUUUAAAAGAACAAGGAAAGCAGUUAUCUAUUGAAUUAGAAAAACUUAAAUCUCAAGAUUUAGUAAAUCAAACAGAUAAUCAGCAAUUGCAACAUAAUUUGCAGGAUUUGCAUUUAAUUAAGCAAGAACGUGAUGAGUUACAACAAAAAUUCAAUAAAAUAAUGCAUGAAGUACAAGACGUUUCUAAUAGAAAUCUGUUUUUGGAACAACAAUGCGAAAAUGUUUUAAUAUUAGAACAAUCUAACGAAAGACUAAAACUAGCUAAUGAAAAACUAUCUAGACAACUAGAUGAAACUUUGGUUUCAAUACAUCAUAAUGAGGGGAUUCAAGCUAACACAGAAUUUGAGUAUUUAAAAAAUAUUAUGUUUCAGUAUUUAACUGGAACUGUAAAUGGAAAUAAUGAAACUUUAGUGAAAGUAAUAGCAGCUGUCUUAAAGUUUUCUCCACAACAAACACAAGUAGCUAUAGAAAAAGAACAUCAAAGACACUCUUUACUGGGGCAAAUUAACAAACUCCUCUAGCAGGAAAACGAACUUGUAUGGUAGUUUAGGCAAAGUUAUUUAUAAAUUUUACCGCAAAAGAAAUUUUAUUCAUAUGCAAUAAAGAAAACAAUAAUUUAAAGAAUUUCGUAAAAUUAAUAAUAAACUACAAAUCAUAAAAAUAAAAAUAGUACGUACCUUAAUAAAAAAUAGUUUCAGUUUAAUGAUUUUGCAGUUCUACACUAGAAAGCCUUCAUGUAAAUGGUGUAUAAUACACAUACAUAUACUGCAAAAUCAGAAAUAUGAAAUAAAAAUUUUCGGAGGAAAAUCAAAUUUUUCAUAUUUACCUAAUGUAUUUAAAAAAAUCAUUCGAAACUAAAAUUUUUAUUUAUUUAUUUAUUUUUCCAUUUGUUUU